GCAACUUUUCACACCAAAAGGAUGCUGUAAUUCCUAGCCAUGGGUCUCAUUCCAUUCGUUUAUUUUAUCCGUGAUCUGUCCUCGCCUCCUCGAUUCUACUGACUGAACUGAAUUAUAUAUUCAUGUCUAUGAUAUGAUUAUACUUGCUUGACCGGAAAUCGAUGGAGGUCCGCCAUCUUUAAGGACAUUCCGAUUGUAAGAGCAAGCAAGCUAGCGGAGGGACGAGGAGGUUUCAGCGAGGGUACUCCACAGCUGCGGUCUUUACAGAAGUAUUUUUUCUGUCGGGACGUGUGGCAUAUAAAUGAUCAAGCUACUUCUCCAAAUCUGUCCAAGUUUGAAACAUGGCAGGAACUCUCCAAUAUAAAUGUAAUGCCAUUUCUUACAGGGACAGACAAGGAAACUGCCAGGCUCAUUCGACUGAGGUUUGAAAACAAUCACCUCUUCACGGGGAAGAAGUAUACAACCAAAAAAGCUUGGGAGGAAAUUCUUCAGAAGAUGGGCCUGCAGGGCCAUGUCAGCCGCAUACAAGCCACAAGGAAGUGGGAAACUCUGAAGCGGAAAUAUAAGGAACUCCUAUUCUCUGCUACAGGCACAGGGCCAGUCGGGGGAGAGGCCACAGCAGCCACAUGGCCGUGGUUUACUGCAAUGCACGAGGCCUUCGGGGGAGAACCUAUCGAUCUUCCUGUCCAGAUGGACUCGUGUGCUGCAGAAAAGCCGACACAUGUGGCUGAUGAGGCCUUGGAUGCUAGUUGCUCAUCUCCUCAUGGAUCCGUGGCGGCCGCUUGUAGCCAGGCGUGUGUAGUGGAGGUGGAGAAUGAGGACGACGACACAGAGCCUUUUUUUCACCCCUGGACACAACUGGAAACCAGUACACUCAUUCGGCUGAGGUCUGAAAGUGAUCACCUCUUCACAGGGAGGAAGCACACGGCCAAAAAAGCUUGGGAGCUAAUUCUUCAGCAGAUGGGUCUGCAGGCCCAGGUGAGCCCUGCACAAGUUUCAAAAAAGUGGGACAAUAUGAAGCGUAAAUAUAAGAUACUCCGAAGCUCUGCUACUGGGACGGGGACAGACAGCGGAGAGCCCACAGCAUCCACUUGGCGAUGGUUUAAUGCAAUGCAUGCGGCUGUUGGUGGGGGGCAAUACAUCUACCCACCUGUGUUGAUGGACUCGUGCGUUGCAGAAAACCCGGCACGUGUGGGGGAUGAGGCCUUGGAUGAGAGUGGCUCAUCUCCUGAUUCUUUGGAGGCCACUUAUAGCAUGGUGUGUGUGGAGGUGGAAGGGGAGGAGGUGGGGGACGACGAAGACUACGAGGAGGCACACCCUUACUCAAGUAGCCUCAGGCAGGAGGACUGUGAGCCAUGCACCUCUGCCUGUCCGCCAUCCCCCAAAAGGAGAAGGACCUGUCAGGGAGACAUUCUCCAGUUCCUGAAGGAGGAGGCCACCAAAGAGGAAGAGCGUUUCAGGGCCGCGCUGGAGAGCACAAAUAGAUUCCUGGACCUUUUCGAGAGAUUGGUCAACAAACUGUAAAUAGUAUUACUUGUAUGUAGUUCACUCAGUUCCACCGGACACUAAUGUGGAGCAGUGAUCUCACCUGUCUGCUUAAUUCCCCCAUCACUGGACACUGUGGACCCACACCACUGCCACAGACAUCCUCCAAGGGCUUACAGAUGUCCUCUACUGUCAGGCAGAUGUUAUGGUUGAGGUUCCUCAACACCUUUGUGGGGAAUCUUGGCUCCGUCCAUGACACCAGACACCAGAGUCUUGAAGGGGAGCAGGAUCUACAAAGUCAUGCUCAACAAUUGCACAACCAAAUGCCUGCUCGUUUACGAAACAAGCCAGUUUUAAUGUGCCCUUAUUUUGACUUACUCUUACCAUUCAGCCCUAUGUGGAUGUGGGGUGGCCUGUAGCGUAGUGGUUAAGGUAAAUGACUGGGACCCGCAAGGUCGGUGGUUCAAUCCCCGGUGUAGCCACAAUAAGAUCUGCACAGCUGUUGGGUCCUUGAGCAAGGCUCCUGGGGAGGAUUGUCUCCUGCUAAGUCUAAUCAACUGUACGUCGCUCUGGAUAAGAGCAUCUGCCAAAUGCCAUUAAUGUAAUGUUAAGAGCCUCUUUAUAGGUCCUGCUGUUCUGUAAGACUCUUGUCUUUGACAGAGCCAUGAUAUCCGACAAAGGUAUUGAGGAACCUGCACUUCCUAUCAUGUACUUCCUGCAUCUGUAUGGAUGGGAAGAGGAUUGAGACUACUGAGGUAGCCCUGGCUGCUGGGUCCAGAGGCGUUGGCCUACUGGGCAGGCUUGGCCAACAGUGGGAAGCUAAAUGACCUCUUGGCAAAGGGCAGCAAUCGGGUAUACUCAAAUGUGGUCCAGUUGCCCACGGUGGUCCCGGCUCACCACACUGUCGGAAAAACCCUGUGCAAGUCAGUACACAAUUGUCAGGAUUGUUAUGUGGUGUGGCCAGCCACGUCUCCCCUGGCAGUACCUGGAUGAGAUAGUCUGCCAAGAGGUUCUGGUGUCCAUUAACAUAGAGCUGCAGGACUGGCACAGUGCCAUUUAUUUGUAUAUAAUUCCUUGAAUUCCGUGAAUUGUCAGCCUACAAAAUAAAUAAUUGAAAAACGUGAA